CGGUCGAGCUAGUUAAAAACGGAACGUGGAAGAGUGACGACAGACGACAGCGACAGGACGGAAGGACUUACCACGCUGCUGCGAUUUCGACCGAGGCUUUGACUUUUACUGCAAACCCUCAUCGACGCAUCCCCGUCUAGCUGUAUCUUCAUUUUCUACCUCGUAGUCGUGGACGACAUUCUUCUCGCUGUUUUUCACUUGUCCUAGUCCUCGUCCCUUCUGAGCUUUGUAGUAACUUGACCUACGAGGAGAGACUACGAUACGACCCUUCGAUGGCGCAACAACACACACAAACCCACAGACCGCUCAUCGGCUCCAUACUCGAACGAAAGCCGCUCCCUUCUCCUUCUCCCUCCUCUUCCUCUUCUCUAUCCUCUUCCUCAUCACCAGCAUCAUCGACACCACGCCCAUUCCUUUCGAACACGAGCAAGACAGGGUUUCCGGUCGUGCAGCAUCGUUCGGUAGGAGGAAGAGCGGGAACAGGGUUCGGAGGACUCGGGGGGAUAAAUGGGACGGGUGCGGGAUCGGGGAUCGGUAUGGGUUCGAGAGCAGGAGUGACGAAGGGAAAAAGCGCAUUCGCGAGGAGCAGGGAGGCUGCUGCUGCUGGGGAAGGAGAAGUAAGAAAAGAAAGGCCGUCGGAGCCUCCGGUCGUCAUUCCUUCAUCAUCAUCAUCCUCCCAAGAACCAGAAAAGUCGAGUUCAAAAUCGUCUGCACCGCUCGGGUCCCGUAUCGAAGACUGGCAUACACCCUCUACCUCCUCCACGACGCCCACACCCAUGCCCAUGCCCACAACACCUCCACCUCAGCCACUCGGCCUACCCAUGCAGACGCCCCUACCAGGAUUAGUAUCAAGCGACGAAGAAUGGCGGCGAAUGAUGGCGGAGGAGAAUGAGCGGCGGGUGGCGGGGAUGACGGAGGAGGAGAGGGACGAGGAGAGGAGAGAGAUUGAGCGGAUGUUUGGGGGUGGCGUUGGGGAUGUGUUGAGGAAGGCGAGGGAGAGGAGGGAGAAGGGGAAGGCGCUAGUAAAUCAAUUCACAGUAGAUCCACCCUCAUCAUCCACGCCAGACGCUCCACCAACUUCAACAACUCCAACUUCGGAUUCAACCUCGACCUCCGGCUCAACGACACCCACCCCCUUAACCACAUCAGCAACCACAGCCAAUGAACUCAGAGCAUCCCGCCAAAAACCCAAGUCUGUCGAUUUCGCGUUUUUGGGCGGAUUGCCGAAAAUGGAGGGACGUGAAGAGUAUGAACCCAGCGCAGGUCCGAGCGCAUCACGACCCCGAUCCCACUCAAACCCCCCAGCUCCCCCUUGUUCCCGCCCCUCCUCCCACUCCUCUUCGCAUUCCCCCCCAACCCCAAUCCUCACCCACCCCUCCUCCCGCCCCCAAUCCCGCCUCGCCAACCGUAAACUCCGCUUCGCAGACGUCCAGCCGGAAGACGUACAUAUAUAUGAGAGCGCGCCGCCGUCGCCGAAGGAGAAGAGAAGAGUUUUGGCGUUGGGGUGGGAUGGUGGUGGUGUGUCAGGUGGACAUGUGGGGGGAGAGGUGGGGAGACAAGGGAAGGAUGGGGAGAGGGUGGUCAGUUUGGGGCCCUGGAAAGGGAGUGUGGGGAUCUGGGGUGCGGGAGGUGCCAGUACGAGUACUAGCAGUGACGGUGGGAAGGCUUCGGCUUCGGGUGUCGGUGGGGUGACUGGGAAUGGGAAUGGGAAAGCGAAGGCGAUGGUGUUGGAGAGGGUGAAACUCAGCGGGGAAGAAGCGGGCGAAGAGUUCGUGGAGGAUGUGGCGAUGGAGAGUCCUAUCAAGGACAAGGAAAAGGACCAAGACAUGACACUGGCGACUUCUGGCCCUUCUUCUCUGCCACCGAUAGUUUCGUCGGGACAGCCCUGGUCGACUUCGGACGGAGAGAAUGUGGAGGCGGAAGAAGAGUUCGUGGAGGAUGUGAGGAUGGAUAGUCCCGUGAAAGUGAAGCCUUCAUCGCCUUCGUCACCUACGCAAAAACGACCGUGGAUGUCGACGAAUAUGUCAAAUCCGGCACCGGCACCGCCACAGCAGCUACCACCAACAAGUCUGACUGAACCAAAACCAAAACCACAUCAGGCAGAGCCAGAAAAAGGGAAUGACGAGCCAGAGCCAGAGGAAGGAACGCCAGAGUGGAUACGGAGGAAAUAUUUCCCCGAUGCGCCUGCUGACGAUCCAAACCUCGAAUGGAUGAAAUCAUCCUCCCUCCCCAUUCCCUCCUCCACCGCCUCCGCCUCUCCUCUUCAACCACCAUCUUCAUCUACAUCCACACCCUCUCACACCAUUCGCUUCGACCUCCGCGGCACACCCAUCCCCGCCUCCCUCUCCGAGACCUUACCGACCCACCUAGGACUGCACCAUCACGCCGAAGGUACAAGAGCGGGAUAUACGCUCGACGAUCUGUUGUUGUUGUGUAGGAGUAGCGUGCCAGCGCAGAGGGCGGUGAUGUUGGGUGUUGUGGGGAGGGUUGUUAGGCGGGUUGGGCAUCCACCGUCGUCGUCAUCUUCUGCUCCUUCCUCUUCCUAUGCGGAUUCAGAUUCGGGGUUGAACACGGCAUCGAGGGAAGGGGAAGACAAGGAUGGGCUGGAAGUGUUGAGGAUGGGAGAUGGAGGUGAGGGCGUGAGGAAGAGGGCGUUGGCUGUUGCUGUCGAGGCAUUGGGAGAGAAAGGAGGGGUGGGCGCGAGAGCGGUGGAGUUGAUGUGGGAAUGUGUGGUUGGAUGGGAUCGAUACGGGGACGAUGAGGUGUUUGCGGGGAUCGAGGGGAUCGAAUUGGCCGCUGCGCCUUUGCCAAGGCGAUCUCCUUCUGGCGCGGGAGUGGAAGAUGCUCAGGCCGAUGAAGGAGGCGGCGAUGAUGACGGAGGUGUCGCAAGAAUCCGUGGAGGAGACGCGAUCUCCACUCUCCCGACGACUUACCUCCUCCCCCAAAUCGCAACCCUCCUUUCCUUCGCCUCCCUCCCCCACGAAUCCCUCCUCCAACUCCUCUCCAUCCUCUCCCGGCUCGCGAAACACAGCAAUGCGCUCGCGAACGAGAUUGCGGCUACGCCUUCGCUUGUCGGGAAUGUUUUGCGGACGUUCGUGUUGCUUCCUAUCCCCACUGCAUCCACAUCCACACCCUCGUCGCCAGUGCCUGCGCCAGAUCCGAGGGCGAUAGAACUGUUGAGGACGUUGGUACGAGCUUCGAGGACGAACGCGAGCACGAUCUGUGCACCGGCGGAUUCGCUCCUCCGAUUCGUGACCAGCAUACCUCCUCUUGGACGCAACGAGGAAGACACGAUAGGAGGGUACCUGCGUGACGUGGCGGAUGAGUUGUUGAGGGAGACGUUGGAGCUUUAUGCUGCGUUGGCUGAGUAUGGGAUGUAUGCGAACAUCGCGACGACGGCGGCGGCUUAUUUCGCGAGGGUGGGGAACUACGUGUUCUCUCCUGCUGGUACAACGGGAAGGGCGAAGAAUUUGGGUCUGGUGGCGUCGUAUGCGAGGUUACUCGAAUCGUGGAUCGUGUGCGCUACGGACCCGCAUCAGACGACACCUCCGCACGAUAUCCUGUGGUCUCAGGUUUCGGGAUGGGGAUGGGCGCAGGAUCUGUUGGAAGCGAGGAUGGUGUUGAGUGAUGAGGUGAAAGAGACAGGAGUGGUGGAAGCUUGGGGAGCGGUUUGGGGAGCGUUGGCGGUCUGGUUGGAGGGUGCGCGGGUUAAUGGGGUGAGGAGUGGGGAGAGGGAGAGGGAAGAGUGUUUGGUGGUGUUGAAGGACGGGUUUGGGCUUGGGAGUGAAGGGGCGGAGGGCAUGGAGAGGAGGGUGUUGUGGGGAGUUGUGAGGGAGUUGGGGGAGGCGUUGGAUUGGGUUGCGGAGCAUGGCAGGGAGAAGGGUGGGUUGAGGAAGUUGGAGAGGAUGGGUGUGUUGGCGGGGACGGUCGUGGCGGGAAUGAGGCUUUGGCUUGGAUGCUUGCCUUCUCUCGCUGUGCCUCCUGUUCCCCUUGCUGAACCGCCGUUCGCCCUUCCAUUCGACGAGCUCUUCGCUCUUUCUUCUAAGCUCGCCACGCAUCCACUGCCGUCGAAGAUCUACGCAUCAGAUGCGCCCUCAUAUCUCCCUGCUUUCUGCAGACCACUCACCGCCGUCCUCGCGACCUACGUCAACCUCUCCCGCCGUCUACCGACCACGACAGACGAUCUUUGGCUCGCACAAGCAUCUGCCACUCUCCUUCGUCUCAUCCCUGGGGACGAAGACUUCGCUCUAUCCACCAUCGCACGUAUCACACAGCUCGUCAACCAAGACUUCACCACCGUCCGUGGCUGGUCCUCCCCUGGAGAUACCGUCAUCUGGGACCGAGGCGGCAUGAGCAUUCUCUCUCCGUUCCUCACUUUCGCACUGGAACAGGACCAAGAAACCCGCCUCGGUCCGCUCGUACCUACCACGACGUCUAUCAAGAACGCAAUGACCCAGAGAUUGCCGCCUUCGUGGAUUGUGAGGAAGAGUCGUGUCCCAUCGUCGGCGAUCCCGGUGCUGGGGCUUCCAUUGACGAGGGAUUGGAUGUUAACUUCACUCGACCAUUUAUUGCGGAGCGGGACGUCCCCAAUAUGGAGCAUGCUUCCAUCCGAAUGGGAUUCGUCGGAGACGGACGUCGUCAGAGCGUCUUUGUUGCUCGCGAAAGUCAUCAGGGAGGCCUUGGUCGUCAAUGGGCUGGGUGGGACUGGACCGGCGGGUGGGCAGUUCGUGAUGGGGAGGGCGGAGUGUGUGCUUGGGUGCAUGAAGGUGUUUAUGUUGGAGCAUGGGCAGGUGCAGGGCGCGAUGGGCGAUCGAGCAGAAGACGAGAUGGGGACGAUGGGCGGUGGGGAGGUGUUUAGGGAUACGGUCGUCGGUGGCUUGAUGGAGGACUUGCUGAGGCCUUGUAUGUUGCAGUCCUCCCCCCUCGGUCUUUCCGCCGCAUCUGGUAUUUCGUUCCAUCAGCCCAACAAGGGAGCAGACGAAGAGGACGAUCAAGAUAAUAUCGAGGCCGUCGCCACACGAUUCCUGGGCUCCGGGACGCCUUUCUAUCAGUUCUAUACGGAUUUCGUGGCGCUGUACGAUGCCAUUUCCUUCGCGCACCCUCUUUUCGCCUCACUGCUCCUGCCACUGACGUCUCAGCGCUACGCCCCCGAUUAUCGCAAGUUGCUGUUCUCCGAUACGGCACAUGUGCUGGGCACCGUUCGGACGCCGAUCGAGCAGGUCGUGGGUAGGAACGUGGGCGAGUUUUUGUGGCCUUUGGAGGAGGACGCGGAGGUGUUAGGGGCGUACCUUGGCGUGUUGGUGGGGAAGAGGGGCAGGGGUAAGGUGGAUGGAUUCGUAAGGGUGUUGGUGCUACAUCAUAUAGCUGGGAAUGUGUGGCCGGAUUUGAGGGAUGGGGAUGAUGGUGUGGCUGUGGCGGCGGCGGAAGAGAGAGCGAGGAAGUUGCUGGAGGCUGUGGUCAUGCAGGGAAGAGUGGAGGAUGUGAGGGACACGGUGUGUUAUUGGCAGGUGAAGAAGGGCAAUGUGGUCCUUCCGGAUGGGUGCUUUGAGUUGUCGGUGGAGAGGAAGAAGACGAGAUUGGAGUGGGUGCGAGGGUGGGGGAGUGAUCGCAUAUUGGAGAGGAUCAGGGGGCUGCUCGAGUCGUGA